AUGUCAUAUUCGGCACCACAUUCACCUGCUGGUCGACAGCAAGAUUCCGACGUGGAUUCCAAUGUUUCCGCGUCAAGGCCAUCGCCUAACAAACUACAGCGACUACUUGAACUAAGCGCAGAGAGGGCCUCAUCGCUACCACCUCGACGUCUGUCAUCGCCAGCGAAGAACAUCUCACAGAUCCGGCCUCGCCUAAACGAGUACUACACCUUCGACCAUGCUGUUCAGCUUUUCAGACGCUCAAAGAACAUCAUCAUUUUGAGCGGGGCAGGAAUCUCGACCUCGCUAGGCGUUCCGGACUUCCGCUCGACAAAUGGUGUCUACAAUCUCCUGGUUGAUUCGAAAUAUGACGACCCCCAAGAGCUUUUCCACAUUGACAACUUCAAGAUGGAUCCGGGUGAAUUCUUCAAACAGGCUGCAAAAGUGUUUCCUAAAAUGCAAGGUCUCGUUCCAGCCAAUGGAGCCGAAAAAGACAGCGUUUCCUCUGAAGUUCCACUAGUUCCCAGGUACAGUGCAACCCAUGCAUUUAUCGCCUUGCUUCAGGCCAGAGGAAAACUUCUCACCAAUUACACCCAAAAUAUCGACGGGUUGGAAAUCGCGGCUGGCGUGGCUUCAGACAAGCUCAUACAAUGUCACGGGACGUUAUCCACCGCAUCCUGUAUGAGUUGUGGUAAGAGGGUUUCGGCCAGAAAAUACAUGGCCGUGGUACGACAAGGCAACAUUCCUUUUUGCAAAUGCUCACUUGAAGUUGACAAAAAAGGGGCAAAACAAAGAGGGCGAAGCGGGAAGAGAAAACGAAAGCGAGACGAACUUGAGGAUUCUGAUUCUGACAUGGAGGAGAGCCGUAGACCUUUUCCGAAAGGGUUGCUCAAGCCAGACAUGACCUUCUUCGGAGAACAUAUCUCGCAGUCCUACGCUCCUCGACUAAACAUCGACAAGACCAAAGUGGACCUGCUAGUUAUCAUCGGCACGUCCCUCAAAGUCGCGCCAGUCAAUGAUAUGCUCCUGGCCGUACCACCUACCGUACCGCAAAUCUGGAUCAGCAAAGAUCGAUGCCAACGGGAAGGAGUAAAGGUUGAUAUAGAACUCCUGGGUGAGUGUGACUUGAUCGUUGAGGAAAUUGCCCGACGGGCCGGAUGGACGGCGGCGUUGGAGAACCGACUAUGGAGUCCGCAAGCCGUGGAGAGCACUCAAAUCCCCUCUACCAAGACCAAGAUCCCUCGCAUGGAGUCGGAGGAAAAGGCCUCGAAACCAGACAAAGUCGACGAGGCCUUGCAGAUUCGCACCAGAUUGGAGCAGACGCCAGAGAAACUAGCCCCUACACUGGACAAUCCGCUCAUCAAAGUCAACGACGAAUUAGUCACCGCCGUCGAACUUGACUCCGGCCAAGAGGUUUUUGUGGAAAGCUCCGAGACCAAGAUGGACAGUUCCGAACAACAACGGCCUACUCUCACGCACCCACACACUUCAGCAACGAAGCCGAUCGGGGAAAAUGGCAAGACAGAACGCGCCAAAACCAAAGCCCCGCUUCCACCUUCAAAAGUGAAGAUUGAACUUGAGCUGGGGCAAAGGUCGAGGUGGUAUGUCCGAAGAUUGAGGUGA